AGGGCGCUGUCACUACUUUUGUCCUGUCAUCCUGGAUCUCCAGGGAGGCAGGCUUUUCCUUCCUAAACCUCGGUCCUAGCUCGUCCUUAGCUGACCCCAGAGUGCUUCCGGCCACACCUUCUAGGCUUGGACCUCAGGCCAAGUCUCCUGCCUAGGCAGAGGUGAGACUGGAGCUGAGCGUCUGGGAGCUGCGGUGGCGGGACUCUGGUUACCGUCCAGUCUCGCUCUCCAUGUGGCUGUGCCAAACAGGCUGGGCAGCUGCUGUUGCCCUUGGAGGAGCUACAGGCAGCUCUCAGGAAAGGAGGGCCCCAGGGAAGUAGAGCAUCGUCUCUGCCACCAAGCAACAUGUCUGAGUGUUUGGCCGAUGCCAUGUGCCAGCGCUGCCAGGCCCGGUUUGCCCCCACAGAGCGCAUCGUCAACAGCAACGGGGAACUCUACCACGAGCACUGCUUUGUGUGUGCACAGUGCUUCCGGCCAUUUCCCGAGGGACUCUUCUACGAGUUUGAGGGCCGGAAGUACUGUGAACAUGACUUCCAAAUGCUAUUUGCUCCGUGCUGCGGAUUCUGUGGUGAAUUUGUCAUUGGCCGUGUGAUCAAGGCCAUGAACGCCAACUGGCAUCCUGGCUGCUUCCGCUGUGAGUUGUGUGACGUGGAGCUGGCUGACCUGGGCUUUGUGAAGAACGCAGGCAGGCACCUCUGCCGGCCUUGCCACAACCGUGAGAAGGCCAAGGGCUUGGGCAAAUUCAUCUGCCAGCGGUGCCACCUCGCCAUCGACGAACAGCCCCUCAUGUUCAAGAAUGAUCCCUACCACCCGGACCACUUCAGCUGCUCCAACUGUGGGAAGGAGCUGACCUCCGAUGCCCGAGAGCUGAAGGGUGAGCUCUACUGCCUGCCUUGCCAUGACAAGAUGGGCAUCCCCAUCUGUGGGGCUUGCCGCCGGCCCAUUGAGGGUCGUGUGGUCAAUGCACUGGGCAAACAGUGGCAUGUGGAGCACUUUGUCUGCGCCAAGUGUGAGAAGCCAUUCCUGGGGCACCGGCACUAUGAGAAGAAGGGCCUAGCAUACUGUGAGACCCACUACAACCAGCUCUUUGGGGAUGUCUGCUACAACUGCAGUCAUGUGAUCGAGGGUGACGUGGUGUCAGCCCUCAGCAAAGCCUGGUGUGUGAACUGCUUUUCCUGUUCCACCUGCAACAUGAAGCUCACUCUGAGGAACAAGUUUGUGGAGUUCGAUAUGAAGCCCGUGUGUAAGAGGUGCUAUGAAAGGUUCCCCCUGGAGCUGAAGAAGAGGUUGAAGAAGCUGUCCGACCUGAGCUCCCGCAAGGCCCAGCCCAAGUCUGUGGACGUCAACUCAGUGUGAAGGUCCUCGGCCUCCUGGCCUGCGUGCAGUACCUUAGCCCUCAACCCCUUCCCCAAGUCCUGCUAGCCACCUCCCACUUCUGCUCCAGCCCAGCCCACUCUUCCAGUAUGCCAUCCUUUCUGCUUCCAGUCCACCUUGGGCUAUGUAGCUCUUUCCUCUGUGCUGAGGCCUGACCCACCUCACAGGCAUUUCCUCCUGGGCCCACAACCUCCAGGGACAGGAACAAACUGGGGAAGGAUUAUUUGUCACUUGCUUGACUCACAGACCCCAACCCGAUGCCUCUCCUCUCCACUCUCCCAGGAGAGUUUCAGCCCUCGUGUGACCCUUGGGCUUGGCUGAGAAGCUGUCCCAACCCCAGGGCCAGCACCAUGCAGAUAGAGGCUUCAUGGAAGCACCCUUCUCAGUUAUUCGAGCACAGUAGGUCCUUGUGCUUACACUGUGUCAGCAAAUCCACCUCUGGGGUGAAACAGCGCGAGAGCCCUACUGCCUUCACUACUCAGGAGACCUCAUAGAAAGCGUCUCAGCUGCCUACCAAGCGUGGGGGUCCCACUUCCCAGGGACACAUUGCCCUGGCCAUCAAAGACCCACAAGUGGUCACAUACUUAUACAAUGAAGGCUCAUUCACAUAA